CGAUGAGAAUGUAAUGAGCCAGUAAUUGACCGUGAUAUCUAACACAUGAAAUUGCAGCGAUCACAAAUAUUCAGUAUCCAGAAUCUUUCCUCUCAUUCCCAGCUAGAGAUGCUAAAACUGCGCCUUGCAGUUCAGAUGGCUAGAAUUCCGGAUUCUUCUUCGGCACUUUUAAAUGCAGCGAGGGUUAAUGGCGAGGUGUACUUUUCCCUUUAAAUUAGCGACUGCCCCACGAGAUGUGUCUGCGACCCCUCCAAAUCGGUGCAAUGCUACAGAGUUACAACAGUUCCCAAGGCCAUCCCAUCCGAUACCAGGAAACUGCACCUCGGGCACAACAACAUCAAGCAGCUGCGGGCAUCAGAUUUUGGUGGACUUUAUGGCAUUGAAGAGCUUGCAUUAUCUUCAUGUGGAAUGGAAGCAACGGAGGCACACACAUUUUCAACCCUGACAAAUCUGAGGACUUUAGAACUGUGGAAGAAUAAGUUAAGGAGUGUUCCUAGUAAGCUUCCCUCCAAUGUGGAAGUGUUGAAACUGGGUAAUAAUCAGAUUCAGGCAUUAUGUGAGACUGACUUUGAAGGUUUGGCAAAACUGAAAAUCCUUGACCUGCAAAAUAAUAAGAUCUCCAAAAUAUAUUCUCGUGUUUUGUCAUCUGCUCUUAAACUGGAAAGUCUCAUUUUGGAUAGUAAUAGUCUUGAGCUACUGUCAGGACCAUUAAAACUUCCUUAUUUGAAACGUUUAAGCAUGCAAAAUAACAGGCUGUCUUCCCUACCUUCAAAUUUUUUCAGUUUUUUACAAUCCCUGCGCUUUCUCAGUUUGUCAGGAAAUAUGUUUUGUAAAAUCCCACAAAAAAUGCCACCUUUAUUGCGGUCCUUAAAGAUGGACAAAAAUUUGAUCAAUGAAUUGCAGCUACAAGACUUAGACUAUCUCAGUUAUCUCUUUGAACUCUCCCUGUCUGAAAAUCAACUUUCAACAGUGAAUGAUGCACUGGCUUUGACCAACUUAUCCAUAGUGGAUCUAUCUAAAAAUCAACUAAAAGCAGUUCCUUCUAGACUGCCAGCACAACUGCGAAUGUUGGAUUGCAGUCACAACUUCAUUCAAAAAAUUUCACUGCAAGAAUUCUCCGGAUUGUGUGAACUGAAACAUUUGUUUCUGGAGUAUAACAACAUUACAGUUAUUGGCAUAGAUGCAUGGCAGCACUGUUUGCAACUUUCGGAUCUUGCACUGGAGCAAAACCAAUUGUCAUCCUUCCCAAAAGGGCUUCCUGAUACUCUUGUGAGACUAGAUCUGAAAGGAAAUACUAUUACAGACAUUUUCAAAGAGUCAGUUGAAAACUUGAAGCGGCUGCGAGUUUUGAAUCUGCGUAAUAAUAGGUUGUUAUCUCUUACCCCUGAUGUGUUUGGAUAUUUACCUCGACUGAGACAGCUUUACCUGGAUGGUAACCCCUGGAACUGCACAUGUGACCUCAUGAAAAUCAGAGUCUUAUUGACUGCAAGGCAAGUGGAGAUCAAAAGUGGCUACUGUGCAACUCCAGACUAUUACCAAGGUGAGACUUGGCUAUCUUCCACCAAGAUUCUAAACAGCUGUGGAUAUAAUACUCUACAUGGUACAAAAGGAAAGGCACUUCUCAAAAUUGCUACAAAGAUAGCACAGGAAGACGAUAGCUCAAAUGUUAAUGGUCCAGCUGACAAUGAAGAUUAUUAUGACUAUGAUGCAGACUGAAAACCAAUAACCAGCCUGACUUAAAAUCUCAUUGUGUGAUGUAAUCAAUGUUGCAUUGGAACCAGAAUUAUAUGUUUGCAGUUUCUUAGUAUUCUCGUUGCUUUUUAAGUCUUAUAUAUACUUCUAGAAUAGGUAAACAUGGUUUGAAGUGUCUUCCUUGAAUUUGUUAUUUGUUGAUCUACAAUUCAAAAAUAUUCUGGGUGAUUUCCUUUUGUUACUGCAUGAAUUAGGUGUGAGUUGCAUCAACAUUGAUUCAAUUCUGCUGAGCAGAAAAUGAAGAAGAAUCAAAAUUAUUAGUUUGAUAUAACUUUUAAAAUAGGAUAAUGUUUUGCCUAUUUAUUUUUCAAAUUUGUUGCCAGGCAAAUAGUUUUAUUUCAUAAUUUCAACUGAAAUGCCUAUUACAAUUGCUAAUAUUGAAGUCAAACAAUAGGUAUCUUGAAUUCAGACCAACCAGAAUUUAAAUCAAUGGCAUUACAUCAUGCAGAACUGGUUUAUAACUAGUGGCACAGUUUAACAUACAUUACUGUUUUAGUUUGAUUUUUUAAAAAUUACAUUAAAAUAAUAUUAUUGUUUUUGCCCAUUAUUGGUUUACUAAUAUUGAACAGAAUUACAAAGAGCAAAAGGAAACUGAAAUCAGCAAUGUUGUAUUUACU